GGGUGACAAGGAAGGAGUCAGGGGGACUCCUUCCUCUCCUGACUAAGCUGCUCUGGCCUCUGUGGGGCUGAAGUGUUAACUGGGGGGGCCCUGGGCCCUGAUCAUCUUAGGUUCUAGCAGCAGAAACAUGAGGUUUGGGAGGCUCCUCCUCCUGGCGGUGCUCCUGGCUGGGGUGAGCCAGCUGCCUGCUGUCUCUGGCCGGAAGAAGGGAGAAAAGCCAGGAGGCUGCCCCCCAGACGAUGGUCCCUGCCUCCUGUCGGUGCCUGACCAGUGCACACAUGACAGCCAGUGUCCCUCAACCAUGAAGUGCUGCUCCAAAGCUUGCUUCCGCCAGUGCAUCCCCAGGGUCUCGGUGAAGCUGGGCAGCUGCCCUGAGGACCAACUGCAGUGCCUGAGCCCCACAAAGCAUCUGUGUCACCAGGACUCAUUUUGCUCAGGCAAGAAGCGAUGCUGCCGCACCGCCUGUGGCCGGGAUUGCCGAGAUCCUGUUAAAGGAUAAUUCUGGCUUAGGAUCCACAGCUCGGCACUGCAGGUAGGGUUCCCAGCAGAAAGAGUGGACAAUGGGAAGCCUGGGACCCUGACACGGAGACAGCAUUGUUCCUCGCCACCUGGCAGGAGUGGGGACACUGCAACCUUCUGAUUUCAAGACUGCUCUUUUGUAAGCACCAAAGGGGCAAGAAAAUCUUCAUCUUUCUCUGCUUCAUCCCUUUUAACAAAAGGAUUUGUUCUUCAGAAUUUGGAUUCAGUUAAAAAACUUUAGUCAAGGACCCAGAAGGCCACAAGUGGCCCCAAGGCCGCAGGUUCCCCACCCCAAGGCUCUAUAUCAACAGUAUCCUGUGCCAGUGCCACACUGAACUGCUCACCCCAUUCCAGCACCCACUUUCACAUCUCUCUAUGUUGUUUCCUCUACCUAAAAUGUCCAAUUCAGGAAGCCCCUCUUUGUAGAGCUCUGACCCCUCCCUUGGGCAGCCCAACUGCCCAGAACAUGUGCUCCAGCAAAGUUUUCCAAACAUCUCCAUUCACAUCCACCUCUUCCACGAUUUUCACCUAACCUGCAAAACAGCAUCAUGAUAUGUUACAUGCUUCCUGUAUUGCCAUUUACUUCUGUUUUUCUUUAAAUGACUCACUUUGUAUAUAAAUAAAUUUAUUCCAAAAGAAAAUUUGAUAUCAC